AUGGCAAUGAAUACUAGACAAAGACUAGUCCAGUACUUAAGAGAACUGAAUGAAGAUGAGUUGAAGACAUUCAAGCUGCUGCUGAAAAAUUCUCUUCUAGGAAAAAAAUUUCUAAAAAAUAAUCAGAACAAGCUGGAGAAAGCUGGUCAUACUAAAGUGGCCUCCAUUAUAGUUUCUCUCUUUGAUGAACAGAGAGUAUGGGAUAUUGUGAUCAGAAUCUGGGAGAAGAUGGGAUUAAAGGAGAUGUGUGAAAGAGCAAAGGCUGAGGAUCCUCUGAUAAGCUUAGUGGAUAGCCCUCAGGCUGCACAGGCCCACAUAUGCAGUUGUUCUAUCCUGACCAAAGCAUUGAAGAAUAUACGCAAGGAAAAUAGAAUUGUCUCAGUCGUGACAAAGCAAGCACACAUCAUUGACAUACCAGAAUUAUUUGGGCAUGAUGAAAGGAAAUAUGUUCCACAGACUGUUGUGCUACGUGGUGCUCCUGGAAUUGGGAAAACAAUACUGACCAGAAAGAUAAUGCUAGACUGGGCAGAGGGGGACCUCUUUCAGGACAGGUUUAAAAAUAUUCUUUAUCUGAACUGUAAGACAAUAAACCUUACAUUAGAGAUGAAUUUAGUUGAUCUGCUUUCCAAAGAUUGGCCAGACCUCCAAGCACACAUAGAAACAAUUAUGUCUAAGCCCAAUGGACUCCUUUUUAUUAUUGAUGGUUUUGAUGAACUGAAGUGGCCCUUUGAGGAACUUGAACCUGAACUAUGUAAUCACUGGAAGGAGAAGCAUCCAGUGCCUGUCCUUCUUUGCAGUUUACUAUGGAAAACAGUGUUUCCUGAGUCAUCUUUACUGAUCACUACACGGUCCUCAGCUCUGAGCAGGUUCAGGUGCUUAUCAGGUGAUCCGCUUUGUGUAGAGGUCCUGGGAUUCACUGAAGCUAAUACUGAGACUUAUAUCUCUAGGUUUUUCAAAAAUGAAGCUAAGGUCCUGAAAGUCCUCAAUUUGUUAAAGGCCAGUGAUACUCUGGCAGAUAUGUGCUCUGUUCCCCUGGAGUGCUGGAUUGUCUGCACUUGCCUGAAACAACAGAUGGAAAGAGGAGAAGAACCUAGGUUGUUUCCCCAAACCACCACAGAUCUCUAUGUGUCCUAUCUUUCUUUUGGAUUAUCCCAUGAUGGGAGCUAUCCAAGUCAGCACCACGACACCCAACUGAGAGGCCUGUGCUCCUUGGCUGCAGAGAAAGUCUCAGCUGGGGAGUUUUCAUUUAAUGAAGAAGACCUUAAGAGUCAUGGGUUAGAUGUAUCUGGUGACUCUGAUUUUCUCAAUAUGUACAUUCUUGAGAAAAAGGAUUAUGAAAAAUGCUACAGUUUCAUUCACAAGAGAUUCCUGGAGUUUUUUGCUGCCAUGUUCUAUGUGCUGGAGGAAGAGAAGGAAGGAAGAGAUUAUCCUGUCUUUGCUGUGAAGGGUGUGAAAGAGCUAUUGGAACAGUAUAGAGAAGCGGGCACUGAGGUUUCCAUUGUGCAUUUCCUUUUUGGUCUGUUGAAUGAAGAGACUAUGAGACAGCUGGAGAGAAAGUUUACUUGCCCAAUGUUACAAAGAGUGAAGGCAGAAUUACUACAGUGGAUGACUGAAGAAAGCAAUAUACAAAGUAUUAUGAGUCCUCUGGUGUACCCGAAUCCUAUGGAAUUAUUUCAGUGUUUAUAUGAGACACAACAGGAGGCACUGGAACUUAUCUCUGUACUCAUUAAUAAGAAAAGUCUGACCGAAUUCGAAGUAAGUGGCAGUUUCCCGGAUGACACAUUGAUGAAGAUACUUUACAAAGAGCUAAGGCAUCCUAAAUGUGAGCUGCAGAUUCUGAGGAAAAAUAUAGAGAUAAUCACUGACCCUGAAAUGAAAGAAGAGGAAGAUGAGAAUUCACCACAGGAUCAUCAGAGCUCUGAACCAGAAGAAGUUGCCCCACAAACAGAGGCAGAAGUGACUUCCUUACUACCCACUUUUGACUCUUUGAAAGAAGAAAAGUUAGAUCUGGAGAAGUGUCUGUUCCUGGGACCAAAUGGACCAGUAAAGCCUGAAUGGAUAGACAAGAAGAGGAACAUAUACAAAGUUCAUUUAUCUAUGGCUGGAUUCUACCACUGCCCUGAUACAGGACUUGGUUUUAAUGUGAGAAGUGAAGUGACUGUUAAUAUUGAAUUUGGUACCUGGAAUCAGCACCUAGAUUGGAUUCAACAGCAAAGCUGGAUGAUUGCUGGCCCUCUGUUUCAUAUCACAGUUGAUCCUGAGGUUGUGACUUCUGUGUAUCUCCCUCAUUUUGUGUAUCUCCAAGGAGGAAAAGUUGAUGUCUCUUUGUUCAAAAUUGCUCACUUUAAAGAGGAGGGGAUGGUCCUGGAGAAUCCAACAAGAAUGGAAUCAUCCCAUGCCAUCCUGGAAAGUCCUAGCUUCUCUCCCAUGGGAGUUCUGCUGAGAAUUGUGCAUUCUACCUUUCGAUUCAUUCCCAUUUAUUCCACUACUCUGAUCUACUUCCAUCUAAGGGCAGAGGACAUCACACUCCACCUGUAUCUGAUCCCCAGUGACUGCACAAUAAGGAAGGCAAUCGAUGAAGAAGAGGCAAAGUUCCACUUUUUACGUCUGCAUAAACCAUCUCCAGUAACCCCACUCUACAUUGGCUCUCGUUUCUUAGUAUCUGGAUCAAAACAUUUGGAAAUAAUGCCUACAGAACUAGAACUCUGCUACCAGAGUGCUGGGGAAUGUCAGUUUUUCUCUGAGAUUUAUACCAGCAAUGUGAAGGAGAUAAUCAGUUUGGAUUUGAGAGACCCAAAGGGGACAGUGGUCUGGGGGACACUGGUAAGAUCAGGCCCAUUGCAGUCAGAACAUCACCUUACCACACCAAGACUAAGGGUCCUAGGAGCACCAGACAUCAGUCAGAAAAUUGAAUUACACCUCAUUACCUCUUCCUUUUUUCCAGGAGAUCUUGGACCAGUUUGUGCCUCAGUCUCUCCAACUAUCACAGAACUUCACUUUGUUGACCAACACAGGAACCAGAUAAUUUCUCGGGUAACAUCAGUGGACAUAAUCCUUGACAGACUUCACAGCCAGUUCCUCAGUAAUGAAGAUUAUGAGCACAUACGGGCAGAAAAAACUAACCCUGAUAAAAUGAGACGACUAUUUAGUUUUAGCCCAUCCUGGAGCAAGGAUUACAAAGACCACUUGUACAGGGUCCUGAAAGAGAUACAUCCUCACCUCAUGAAUGAACUAGAACAUACAGAAAAGGUACUAGUAAGAAAGCCAUUGGGGGUUAAUGAUAGCAUCACUUCUCAGUACAUGAUAAAGUAG